AUGGAUACUUCGGCGGUCAUUCAGCUCAGCUGUCAGGCAGCUGAGAGUGUGCUUCGCUUUCGGGCUGUGGGCUUUACGAGACGGCCUGUGAUCGACCUGCAGUCCUUCAGAGCUGCGAUCGCAGCACAGAUUGAGAAGGUCGCAAAGGACCACCGACACCGUUUCGAGAUCCCCCUCUCAGAGGUCGUGACAUACGCGGGAGUUGGUGCCGCACGUGCCGCCCAGCAAUGGAACGACAUUUCUCACAAGGAGAACCAUGUCGUGACCGAAUGGUUCAGAAACUGUGUCUGCAACCUCGUCAGCGGAGUCGUCAACGACAUCGGACAGAUGGCCUUCGAGGACCAGGGCAUGAAUGCGUGCAUGUAUCUCGAGCCGGACGAAUACGACCCUUUCGACGUGCCCAGCUACACUAGAGCAGCGCCCGUUAGCAAGUCCUCGAUUUACAUUCGCAGCGGUGUAGACGACUACUACGGCUUCCCGCAGGUUGAAACUCAGAAGACCGACGACUCUUCAGCUGCCCGCAACGCGCACUUGGCUACCUCCAACUCGUCAUGGACGACCUUUGAGCCGCCCCGUCCUUUCCGACAUGAGGUCGAGAAAGGCUAUAAAGCUCUCGAUGAACUGGCGGCAUCCCAGGAAGACACCUCGGCCCGCGCCGACUUCAUCCAGAAGACCAAACGCCUCCGCAAUGUUUCGGACCCCGUCCACGCUGAUUCCCAAGACAUGCUUCUCAAGCGACCCACCAAGCGAGCCCGCCAGGAUCCAUCCCCCUCGCGCCCGUCACCACUGUCAGCGGGUCCCGCAGGCUCGGCGAGCGAUUCCGUGAACAAGGUCCAGAAGAACUUUCGCUGGACGGAUGAUGAGAUCAACAUACUGGUCACCUCUAGGGACUUCGGCCGGAGCUGGAGCGAGGUCGUCAAUAUGCUUCCCCGCCACACGUGGAUGUCUUGUCAGACGAAAUACCGCAUGGUCAAAAACAAGGAGGGCGGCAAGUCGGAUGGCCGGCCUCCAGUCGAUGCUCCCGCUGUCCGCAAGCAGGGACAGAGUGACAAGGCCCAGGUGGUUCAGGGAGGCAUGGAGGCCGGUCGUAGCGUCGAGGACAAGGAUGAGACGACUACGAGCCGCAACGGACUGCAGGCAGUGGGCAUGGACAUCGACGAUCACGGCAAUCAGGGUGGGAAGAAGUCAAUGGUUGCCGCAAGCAGAAAUGCUGCUGAGCCAGAGCAGGAUGUUGGUGGAGACCCCGCGGAGGAACCGACCACCGAAAACAUGGAGUAG